AUGCCAGAGGACGACUUGCGUGGCGAACAGCGCUGCGAGGCAGUGGCGUCUCCCGACAAGGCGACGCUUGAAGCUGGCACUAGUGCUGGCGGGGCCAUUCCAUUAUCCGUACUUGUUUGCAGCGUAUGCGACGUGCCAGUGUGCGCGAUUCCCCGCGCACCAUCCCUGAAGCAGAGCGCCCAGGACGAUGAGAAAGGGCAAGUGUCGGCAUCGCCUGCCGAGGCAUUCUCCAGCGCUUUGCGCGCAAAUAACAGCAUUGUUUGGUGCGCUAGCACAGUCGUCCGCGGCGCGACAGUUGCCCAACGGAUGGCGUCGAGUACGUACUCGUCCGUGCUUGGCCUUAUGGCGCACGACAAUGGGCUUCCAAGCGCCGGAGACACACCGCACAGCACAGCAAAGCGCGUUUUACAGCUCCAUUCAUACAAACUCGAUCCGAUUCCGUCGAGCUUGCUUGGCGAUCCUAGCGCGGAAGCGGCGCUGCUGGAUGGGAUUGCCGUGCGCCGUUUGAACGAAGAACGCGCUGUGCUUGACCGCGAGAUUGCCCAGAUUGUCAAGCAAAAGCAGGCAUAUUUGGACACGAUGGUGCACACCACAAAAACGCAGCUCGCCUCUUUGCGCGAUGCACUGCACGCAAAACAGAAGAGCCACACGACGCCCAUGCACACGCACGUUUCUGCUCCCACGCACAACGAGGCCGCUCCUUUGCACAGUGCGCUUUCUGCCACAUUUGUACGCUACGGCAGCCACUGCCCACCAGCGGAAGUUUCGCCGCAGCGUCAGGUCGAGGCGCCCCAAAGUAAACGUGCCGAGACGCAGCCGUCCCCGGAGGCCAAUUUCCACGUGCAAGAGUCCGACGAGAGCGAUACAGAGGCGCAGUCCACCGAAGACACCAUGUUUGAAAUUGACGAGGAGCUGAAGCUGGAUGCGUCGCAUCCGCACACGCCCAUGGAGCAACAGAUCGUUGAGAAAGCGUUGUGUACACCACUUCACCGCAAUGGCGAAGCAGCGCGCCAGCUUAACAUGGGCAUUGCGACCUCGUUUUCUGGCGUGCACGACGCUGCGGCGAAUCCUUUGUUGCGCAAGGCACUCGGUGCCGAGCAUGACACGCUUUUUGAUGCCGUGAAGCAAGGCCCGUACGAUUUGCAGCACCCAAACGAGUUUGUCGGCUCGCUGCACGCUUCCUCGCGCAGUGCCAUACGGCACGAUUCACACAGCACCGCAGAGAGAAAGCCCGCGCCGUACUCAAUCCAAGGCGACGACGAGCACCUGGUCCGCGCACUAGCUGCCAACAUCCCGUCGCACCGCCACCGCACUUUUGAGGCCGGCGGGCUCAAGCCGCCGGGACAGUCCAUGGGGAAAUGGUCCCAGUGGCAACACAGAGUGCGUGAUCAGGAGACGGGUACCGCCGUGAGUGCAAUGCAUGCGUUUGCAGCGUCUGUGCCUGCGCACACAUUCACUCCCAUGCGCCGCCCUGCACAAGAAACACGCGACACCGCGGAGUUCGACUGCGAGCCCAAGACGAGCCUCCCCGACAAGGAAAAAAUGCUCGUCCCUUCGCUCCGCCGUGCAAUCCGCACCGCCAAAAUGGAGACGCAGACAUCAUCGCCGCGCGGACCCGUGGCAAAAAAUGACGCAAACGACACGGAGCUACCGCCGCUGCCCUUUGUCCCGAGCGCCGAUGUGCGCCUGAGCCCAAACGCACGGAACGCGCCGCGCGCUAUCGAGCCGGUGCUUGGGUGGGAGGCAGCAGCGCCCAGCAAUGCAGUGCAUCUGCUUCACUACAUGCACUACCUGCAAAACCUUAAAGUGAGCAAACGGACUGGCUGGUACCACCACAAUGUACCGAGCCCCGAGUCCAUUGCCGACCACAUGUACAGAAUGGCAAUGCUUGCCAUGUUGCUUGGCGAGACCAACAUUGAUACCCAUAAGUGUGUCAUGAUGGCACUUGUACAUGACCUCGCCGAAGCGCAAGUCGGAGACUUGACGCCGCUGUGCAACAUCCCCAAAGUGCAGAAACAGGCACGCGAGCACGACGCAAUCAUCCAUCUCACUGAGGAUUUGCUGCACAAUACUCCAGCCGCGCAGCAUAUCCUUGCAUUGUGGACAGAGUACGAGGAGCGCAAGACACCCGAGGCUCAGCUAGUCAAGGACCUCGACUGCUUUGAACUGUGCCUGCAAGCGUUCGAGUAUGAAAAAAUCCAUGGAAUCCGCGAUCUGCAGCCCUUCUGGCUUGGGGGCGCAACCAAAAUACAUAACCCUCAUGUGCGUGGCUGGCUCACGGCGCUCUUGCAGAAGCGCCGCGCGCUCUGGGAGCGCCGCGGCGAGCCGUACGAUGCAGGCGCAGCGCCCCUCUAG